AUGGAUAAGAGGUUGCAGAAAGAUGACUUAAUAAAAUUAAACAAAGAUGUAACAGAAUGGGAGGAAAAGUUGUCUGCUUGGGAGAGGGAAGUAGAUAGCUUACGCUAUUUAUUAGAUAAGCAUCCAGAGAUUCAUGAGAUAGAUUCACUUAAGUGGGCGGCAGAAAGGGUAGGAAUACUUGAAAUGUGGACCAAGGCAUACAAAAAGCUGAAAAAAGAAAGAGCAUUAGAUUACUACAGCAUGGCUUUCGAAGUAACUUCCCAUCUAGAAGAAAAAAUAGAUGAAAUGCAAGAAAAACGUGAUAAGAAAGAAGAAGAGUACGAUUUACAACAGAAUAAAGAAAGAAAGAAGAAAGAACUGGAAGAUGAUAUUCAGAAAAAAACAAACGAAAUAAAAGCACUGAAAGAGCAGUUAAGCUUGUUGAUUUAG